AUGUCGUACCCCCCUCACCUGAACCGCCUCCCCCAGUUGCCCCCCGGGAUUUGCCCUCCCCAGUUCGCGGGGUUCCCCCAGGGAGUCCCAGCAGGUGAGAUACAUUUUAGUCUUGAGUGAUCAAACUGGACGUUAUCAGAGGCCUAUGCUACCAGAACCCUUUUCAGUUUUCUAAUGAUCUAUUGCUAUGUUGAUAAAGGCAACUCACGUGCAUUGAUCUGAUCUUCUGUAAUAUACCAUUGCAAUGCUUAAAGGCCAGAUCAAUGCCAGUGGGCUGGACAGACCAUAAUAUUCUUACUAUAACGAUGAACACCAAGGUUCCAAAGAAACCCCCAAGGAUUGUGGUCAAGAUAAAUUGUACAUUUUUUUUAAUCAUGAGCAAUUUCUAAAUGAUUUGGCUGCUGUACCCAGGGAGCUGAUUCAUCUAGAGGAUUAUUUAAAUCACCCUACAGAAUGCUUUAUUGAUUUGCUCACUGGGGUAAUGGACCAUCAUGCCCUAGUAGUCCCGUGUAGUAGUCCCGUGUAGUAGUCCCGUGUAGUAGUCCCGUGUAGUAGUCGCGUGUAGCUCAGUUGGUAGAGCAUGGCACUUGCAACGCCAGGGUUGUCGGUUCGAUUCCCACAGGGGACCAGUAUGAAAAUGUAUGCACUCACUAACUGUAAGUCGCUCUGGAUAAGAGCGUCUGCGAAAAUGACUUAAAUGUAAAUGUAGUAAGAAAGAGUACAGUUGGGGCUCAUCCAUCUCCAUGGAUUGAUGAUGAACUGGGUGAGGUGUUUUGUCAAAGAAAUAUGGCAAAAGGUCUUAGCAGUCAAAUCUAAACUAAAAACACAACACAAAAUUAUAUAUUAUGCAGUUAAAUUAAAUCGUAAGGAGAAAAAAAAACGUUAUUUUACAAAAAUGCUUUUAUUGAUUGUGAAAAUGAUUUACAAAAGGUGUGAAAUACAGUUAAGGGCUUACUUGGUACAUCUGGUUCGAUUCCAGGCUGUAUCACAACCGGCCGUGAUUGGGAGUCCCAUAGGGCGGCGCACAAUUGGCCCAGCGUCGUCCGGGUUUGGCCGGUGUAGGCCGUCAUUGUAAAUAAGAAUUUGUUCUUAACUGACUUGCCUAGUUAAAUAAAGGUAAAAAAUAAAAAAUAAAAGACUAAAAAAAGAAGGACGGCUAAAUAUUUACCAGGAACGAUUCUUAAGCAAACAACCGAAUCAUUAUUUGGGAGUCCGGUGAACUACUGAUCUGUGGUCUGUGGAAAUACAUCAGCAAGUGACAUUAGGAGGCUGCAAAUUGAACAGAACAAAGCAGCAAGGAUUGUUUUAAGGUGGAGAUGUGAUUCUUCUGUCGUAGUCAUGCACAAUGCUCUUGGGAGGUCAUCAAUCAAUCAAGAUGUACACCAUCAAUCAUAAUGUACACCAUUUUAAAACAGCCAAACUCCAUUCACAACAGUAUUCAGUUGGUAAGAGACACAUUCAGUCAAUACUAGGAAUCGACUGUCCACCAUCAAUGUGUUAUACAGACAGACAAGAGAAACAGGCAAAAUAUCAUUUGGAUUCCGAGCAAUAAAGAAAUGGAAUAAUUUAUCUGAGCAAACCAGAAACCUUUCAAUACAUAAAUGCAAGCAAUACUUUAGAACCAUUUAAAAAUAUAAUAAAUGUGAAUGUUGUGCAGGACUAUGGUAGAUGAAUUAACCAAUCUAUCUGUUCAGACUGUCAGAGUAUUUAUCUGGUCAAUAUGUCAGAGUAUUAUAUACAGUGAGGGGAAAAAAGUAUUUGAUCCCCUGCUGAUUUUGUACGUUUGCCCACUGAUAAAGAAAUGAUCAGUCUAUAAUUUGAAUGGUAGGUUUAUUUGAACAGUGAGAGAGAGAAUAACAACAACAAAAUCCAGAAAAACGCAUGUCAAAAAUGUUAUAAAUUGAUUUGCAUUUUAAUGAGGGAAAUAAGUAUUUGACCCCUCUGCAAAACAUGACUAUGAAUUAACCAAUCUAUCUGUUCAGACUGUCAGAGUAUUUUUCUGGUCAAUAUGUCAGAGUAUUAUGUAAGCUGUUUGUAACAGUGUGUUAUAUGUGAGCGUGUGAUUACAUUUACAUUUUAGUCAUUUAGCAGACGCUCUUAUCCAGAGUGACUUACAGGAGCAAUUAGGGUUAAGUGCCUUGCUUAAGGGCACAUCGACAGAUUUUUCACCUAGUCGGCUCGGGGAUUAGAACCAGCGACCUUUCGGUUACUGGCCAACGUCUUACUGCAGAUUCCUCUGAUGUGUCUCUGUGUCUUCUUCGAGGUACACCCAUGAUUCCAGUCCACAUGGGGAUCAUGACCUCUGCACCCACUGUAAGCCUCAACUUCUGUUGUUACACACACACACACACACACACACACACACACACACACACACACACAUGUAAAUCUGGCUGGGCUGGCAGACAACUCCACUCUCCUAAUGUGUAUUAUUGUAUUGCAGGUCCUGGUUCCUACCACAGUGUCUAUGGUCCAGAAGCCUCCUGCUCCGAGGAAGGAGCUGAACCCAGUCAGCGCCAAGGAGAACCAGGAGGGUGGCAGUGGAGGUCCCACCACCACAGUGUUCGUGGGGAACAUCUCAGAGAAGGCUUCAGACAUGUUGGUCAGACAGUUGUUGGCGGUGAGCACUGAGAGCAGGACAUGGAAACAGGGGGACGUAACCUUCUGUUUGUGUUUUUAUUUAUAUAAAUAUAAUAUGCCAUUUAGCAGACGCUUUUAUCCAAAGCGACUUACAGUCGUGCGUGCAUACAUUUUUGUGUAUGGGUGGUCCCGGGGAUCGAACCCACUACCUUGGCGUUACAAGCGCCGUGCUCUACCAGCUGAGCUACAGAGGACGUGAUCUGGGUCCUCUUGAGGCUUUUUCUCGCCACUGCACUUCUGCUUGGUCCUUUCUAGGCCCGAGUUACUGUAGAGCACUUUGUGACAACCGUUUAUGUCAAAAGGGCUUUUAUAAAAUAGGGUUGUCCACAAUACCAGUAUUGAGAUACCACAGUACUAGGUUUUUUCAUGGCACACAAAGAAAGCAUGAAGCAGACUAAACUCUAUGUUCCUCAGCCAAUCUUUGUGAAACUCGGCGCGGUUCGCUUACAUUUUUUUGUGCAGUGUGAACACUAAAGGAUCUCAGACCAAUCGAAAGAGCCCCCCUGAAGUGAACCGAACUGAGACCAUCUUUCAGAGGUGGUCUAAGUUCGGUUCGGUUGAAUUCCGCGAUACUGUUCCUUCCAUAACCCCUCACAUUGGUGGCACAAAAUAGAGAAGAGGGUGUUCGUUGGAAGAAGCGUGUGUUUUUGGAUAUCGAUUAGCGAUUGUCAAGGAUGGACAGAAAUGCCAAAAUAUGUGUGGAGUUUUGUACUGACACAAUGUUGAGAUUUAUUUGUUUGCAUCAGAUUAUUUGUUUGCAAUAUGUGACCAACAGGCUAAGAGAGCUUCAUAAACUGUUUAUUCCAUUGUGGUUUUUGAAUAGUGUGAGAAGACAACAUUUGGUGAGAAUCACAACUUUUGAAUAGUGUGAGAAGACAACAUUUGGUGAGAAUCACAACCAUAGGGUACAAAAUCAAUGCUAGCUCUUAAAGGGGCAGUAGCCUACAUUGAGUGUACAAUUUUCAAUUGCAGCAUUAUUUAAUCUCCAGUUAUUCUUCUGCUAUUUAUUCUGUUUCCAGUAAUAUUGACAUGUUAAUAUUAUCUUCUGAUUAUAAUUAUUAUGUCUAAUCUUUUAACUAAAUGCAAUCUAUUAGCUUCCAAAAUGUAAGUUGGUAUAUCUAGCUGUCGGAUAACACGUUCUGAUGGAAAUGCACUUUGUAAAAACCCAGAGUGCAAUGAGUGAGUGUUGGGAGAAAAAAAAAUCUUGGUUCCUUUGGUAAACAUAUCAAUGUGAACGCAAAGAGGACUCGGACCGCAAAAUAGGUGAAGUGAACUGGCGAAAGAGUUGAGACCACAUUCAAAGGAAAAGGCAAUGUGAAUACAAAGAGAACUGAGUUAUUUUUUUAGCUCAAGAGUUCACUUUUUAAAGAAGACCUGAGUUUGGUUCUUUUUAAAGAGGUCUAUAUGUGAAAACAACCAACCAGGUGUAUGUAAAAUAUUGUGAUUUAAAACUUGGGAGAAAACAGAUAUGACUCUUGAGUGUCAAUAGAACGCCGUGUGUUGGCAACAUUAGAGCAUAAAUAUAACCCCAAUAUAACGUUUAUAAACCAAUUUGAUGGAUUGAUGAUGGAUCACUGUGACAUUGGUCUUUAGUCUCGGAUGAAUGAGUUCCCUCUGCUUGUCCUUUUCCUCCAUCUUGUAGAAAUGCGGCCUGGUCCUGAGCUGGAAGCGGGUCCAAGGAGCCUCCGGGAAACUGCAAGGUAAAAACAAAACAGGUACAACACUUCUACUAUAUUUUACCCUCCUUUGCUUGUUAUGUUGUUACCACCGAGUCUAUGCUGUUACCACCGAGUCUAUGCUGUUACCACCAAGUCUAUGCUGUUACCACCAAGUCUAUGCUGUUACCACCGAGUCUAUGUUGUUACCACCGAGUCUAUGUUGUUACCACCAAGUCUAUGUUGUUACUACCGAGUCUAUGUUGUUACCACCAAGUCUAUGCUGUUACCACCAAGUCUAUGCUGUUUGUUACCACCAAGUCUAUGCUGUUUGUUACCACCAAGUCUAUGCUGUUACCACCAAGUCUAUGCUGUUACCACCAAGUCUAUGUUGUUACCACCGAGUCUAUGCUGUUACCACCGAGUCUAUGUUGUUACCACCGAGUCUAUGUUGUUACCACCAAGUCUAUGUUGUUACCACCAAGUCUAUGCUGUUACCACCGAGUCUAUGCUGUUACCACCGAGUCUAUGUUGUUACCACAAGUCUAUGCUGUUACCACCGAGUCUAUGUUGUUACCACCGAGUCUAUGCUGUUACCACCAAGUCUAUGUUGUUACCACCGAGUCUAUGUUGUUACCACCAAGUCUAUGCUGUUACCACCAAAGUCUAUGCUGUUACCACCAAGUCUAUGUUGUUACUAGGGUUGGGCGUUAUCCAGAUUUUGAUAUCAUCAUACCGUCCUUCUCUGACCCCAGGAUUUACGGUAUUACUGGUUUAGUACACAAGGGGGCGCCAAUUUUUUUUUUAACAAUUGGGAAUCUAGAACAGAAUGCUAACAAAAUUAGCACAAGUAAUAGUGAAUUUCCAUGGAGGCUGCUAGCUAAAUAUGCAAAUGAGCGCAAACGAAAAUACAAAUUGCAAAGAGAGGCAAUCCAGCUCAUAAAGUUAUACAUUUCUAGUUAGGAGCUACCGAAUGUAAUUUUGGUUGAGUUUGGACAUUUACAAGCGGACGUGAACAAGAGACAUUGUGCAAAUGAACAGAGUUUUGAUGCUCGGAGAAGAUGGGGGAGGAGCCGAGAAUGGAGAGGAGGGUGAAAAAAACAAGAAAAUCAAGAUAGGAGAGAGAUGGAUAGGAGAGAGAUGGGAGAGAGAUGGAUGGGAGAGCGAUGGGAGGUGGCUGCCGGCCAAAUAGUGUUGCACUGUUGUCGUCUAUUUUCUGCCGAAUGUGUUGCUUCAAUGUAUUUUCUGUGAAGGAAAACUAUAGUUGCACGCCCCUGAUCACUCUAAUGAAGCUAAAAAACACUGUUGGCUUUCAAUAUAAAACGGGACCCCUGUCAAUAGGGGACUCGCCUGCUCCCGUUCUGUCAGUCCUAUCUCUUGUCCCCUGUCUUCUCCCGUUCUGUCAGUCCUAUCUCUUGUCCCCUGUCUUCUCCCGUUCUGUCAGUCCUAUCUCUUGUCCCCUGUCUUUCCCCACCGGAGCGUUCCCUAUCAACCUCUGUGCUGUAACUUCAGUGGAACAUUUCAUCAAACCCUCCCUCUGUGACUGUGGAUAAAACUCUCUCACUCCCUCCCAGUGACUGUGUAAAUCUCUCUCUCUCUCUCUCUAUCUUGCUCUGUGCCUCCCCCCUCUCUCUCUCUGUGCCUCUCUCUCUCUCUCUCUCUCUCUCUGUCUCUCUCUCUCUGUCUCUCUCUCCUCUCCUCUCUCUCUCUCUCUCUCUCUCUCUCUUCUCUCUGUCUCGUCUCUCUCUCUCUCUCUCUCUCUCUCUCUCUCUCUCUCUCUCUGUCUCUGUCUCUCUCUCUCUCCGUCUCUCUCUCUCUCUCUGUGUUGUAGCGUUUGGUUUCUGUGAGUACAAGGAGCCGGAGUCCACCCUGCGUUCCCUGCGUCUGCUACAUGAGCUGGUGCUGGGAGACAAGAAGCUGCUGGUGAAGGUGGAUGCUAAGACCAAGGCCCAGCUGGAGGAAUGGAAGGCUAAGAAGAGGAGCGCCAACGGGGUGAGCGCCCGCACACACACACACACACAGACACACACCACACACACACACACACCACACACACCACACACACACACACACACACCCUGUCUACCAUAAGAGGUGAGCAGACUGGGUUCAGAAAAUAAAAGUUGCACACAUCCUCUCUCCUAGCAGUCCAUCCUCUCUCCUAGCAGUCCAUCCUCUCUCCUAGCAGUCCAUCCUCUCUCCUAGCAGUCCAUCCUCUCUCCUAGCAGUCCACCCUCUCUCCUAGCAGUCCACCCUCUCUCCUAGCAGUCCACCCUCUCUCCUAGCAGUCCACCCUCUCUCCUAGCAGUCCACCCUCUCUCCUAGCAGUCCACCCUCUCUCCUAGCAGUCCACCCUCUCUCCUAGCAGUCCACCCUCUCUCCUAGCAGUGAGCAUUUCAUGAACAACAUUUCGUCUCACAGGUCUUCAUUAGGGACAAUACCAGUAUCACGAUAUUAUUAUUCUUAUAUAUUAUACUAGUAUCAUGGCAAGGAAACAAAGCGGAUUUAACUUCUUUAGGAAAACAGCCCUAAUGUUGGAAACAAACGUCAUGACGUUGUUAUCCAGAGUCCAAAAAAAUAAAUUUCUAAUUUUCUAUAGCACACAAUAUUUUACAUAAAGCAGGUUUUUAAAGCACCGAAGAGUUUGGUGUGCUUCGUGUUUUUUUUAUUUUUGGAAAAAAUAUUGCGAUAGUGGUAUCGUCCUGGCCCUAGUCAGAGCAGAGCAGAGCAGACUUGGUUAACAUGGCUUCUGUGCAGUACACACUACAAAAUCCAACCUGAAUAUUCCUCUUUUUCAUUACUUUUCUUUUCUAUUCUCUUGUCUUUCUCUCCUCUCAUAGGGAGCCAAGUCUGAGGACGGGCCCAAGGACGAGGAGGAUGAGGAAGAGGUUCUUGACGAGGACACAAAGCGUCGUGACCAGAUAGUGAAGGGGGCCAUCGAGGGGUUGAUCCGGGAGUACGGCAGUGAGCUCAACGCCCCCUCUCAGGACGGAGACAACCACCCCCGCAAGAAGAAGAGGGAGAAGAAGGAGGAGGUAGGAGGAGGAGGAGGAGGAGGAGGAGGAGGAGGAGGAGGAGGAGGAGGUAGGAGGGGUGGGAGGAGGAGGAGGGAGGAGGAGGAGGAGGAGGUAGGAGGAGGAGGGGGGAGGAGGAGGAGGAGGAGGGGGAGGAGGAGGGGGAGGAGGAGGUAGGAGGAGGAGGUAGGAGGAGGUGGAGGAGGAGGAGGUGGAGGAGGAGGUAGGAGGAGGAGGAGGAGGAGGGGGAGGAGGAGGAGGGGGAGGAGGAGGAGGGGGAGGAGAGGAGGAGAAGGAGGAGGUGGGAGGAGGAGUAGCAUCACCACUGAACAGAGGAUAUCUACAGUGCCUUCAGAAAAUAUUCAGACCCCUUGACCUUUUCCACAUUUUGUUACGUUACAGCCUUAUUCUUAAAAUGGAUUACAUUUGUUUUUUUCCUCAUCAAUGUACACACAAUACCCCAUAAUGACAAAGCAAAAACAGGUUUUUAGAAAUUGUAGCUAUUUAUAAAAAAUAAAAAAACUGAAAUAUUAAAUUGAAUUAAGUAUUCAGACCCUUUACUCAGUACUUUGUUAAAGCACCUUUGGCAGUGAUUACAGCCUCCAGUCUUCUUGGGUAUGACGCUACAAGCUUGGCACACCUGUAUUUGGGGAGUUUCUCCCAUUCUUCUCUGCAGAUCCUCUCAAGCACUGUCAGGUUGGAUGGCGAGCGUUGCUGCACAGCUAUUUUCAGGUCUCUCCAGAGAUGUUCGAUCGGGUUCAAGUCCGGGCUCUGGCUGGGCCACUCAAGGACAUUCAGAGACUUGUCCCGAAGCCACUCCUGCAUUGUCUUGGCUGUGUGCUUAGGGUCGUUGUCCUGUUGGAAGGUGAACCUUCGCCCCAGUUUGAGGUCCUGAGAGCUCUGGAGCAGGUUUUCAUCAAGGAUCUCUCUGUUCUUUGCUCUGUUCAUCUUUGCCUCAAUCCUGACUAGUCUCCCAGUCCCUGCCGCUGAAAAACAUCCCCACAGCAUGAUGCUGCCACCACCAUGCUUCACCGUAGGGAUGGUGCCAGGUUUCCUCCAGAUGUGACACUUGGCAUUCAGGCCAAAGAGUUUAAUCUUGGUUUCAUCAGAGAGUCCUUUAGGUGCCUUUUGGCAAACUCCAAGCAGGCUGUCAUGUGCCUUUUACUGAGGAGUGGCUUCCGUCUGGCCACUCUACCAUAAAGGCCUGCUGGGUGGAGUGCUGCAGAGAUGGUUGUCCUUCUGGAUGGUUUUCCCAUCUCCACAGAGGAACUCUGGAGCUCUGUCAGAGUGACCAUCGGGUUCUUAGUCAACUCCCUGACUAAGGCCCUUCUCCCCCGAUUGCUCAGUUUGGCCGGGCGGCCAGCUCUAGGAAGAGUCUUGGUGGUUCCAAACUUCUUCCAUUUAAGAAUGAUGGAGGCCACUGUGUUCUUGGGAACCUUCAAUGCUGCAUAAAUGUUUUUGUACCCUUCCCCAGAUCUGUGCCUCGACACAAUCCUGUCUCGGAGCUAUUUCUAAAAACCUGUUUUCGUUUUGUCAUUAAGGGGGAUUGUGUGUAGAUUGCUGUGGAUUUUAUUCAAUCCAUUUUAGAAUAAGGCUGUAACGUAACAAAAUGUGGAAAAAGUCAAGCGGUCUGAAUACUUUCCGAAGGAACUGUACGCUUGUAAAUUAGAAUAGAGUAUAUGACUGCAAGGUACCAGUAAAUACCACUAAUACUGCUGUUAAUGAUGCACUUGCUUCUGGUUAACCUGAAAGUCCUCACCCCAUUUCUCCUAUUUAAAUCCUAGCGAGUGAUGAGAGAUUGUUAUCUUAUCAAUGUGUUUUACAUGGAGGAUGUUUGUUUCUUGACUUGUUUUCCAGGAGGAGGUAAUGACCUGCAGCCAUUUUAGUUUUUUCAGUAAAUAUAAGUGCUACGCUACACCUGGUCCUUGUUCGGUAGCUUGGUGGUAGGAGAAGGACAUGUUAUGAACCUGACAUCAUGUUUGUUUACCUGUGUCCCAGGAGGACAUCAAUGUGAUGGAGAUGGAGGAUGACAAACGAGACCUGAUAUCCAGAGAGAUCAGUAAAUUCAGAGACACUCACAAGGUAACUCCACUAUUCUCUUAACAUAACACUCAAAUUAGGCUUUUGGACAAAGAAACUACAAUACCCACAUCUAGAUUAGACCUAGUGUAGUUUCAACAUCCCUGUCAAGGACUGGACUACAAAUUCAUAUAUUGACCCCCCCCCCUGUUUCUAAGAUCAUAACAUUGAUUUCAAAUGUUGUCCACAACAGUAGUUCAGAUGUUUGCUAAUUUGUUCAAUUGAACUUGAAAUUGAGGACUAUUAAACAGUGUGUGGGAUGUCCAUCAGUCAACAAUUAUAUAUAUUUCAGUAGCCCCAACAGCGUAGCGUAGUGUUGGAUCAACUGUUCACAAUAGUGACUUGGGGUAAAACCAUGCAGUUAAAACAGCCAGAUAGAGAGGAGGGUAAAGUGCAUGGACUUACUGUAAAAGGUUCCUUAAAGCUAAUCUAUUGAUUAUAACCCCACCGUUGUGGUAGACGUCAUAUGGUGACUAAAUCAAGAUGAAUCUCAGAGCUUUUGGGGGAAAAGUGUGCGAGGAAUAGGAUGUAAGUAUCAUCUUUCAUUUAUUCUCUCUACUUCUCGGGCGCUCCCUUCUGGAGGACUUGCAAAGGAGCAACUGGCUCUGAUUGGUUCCCGGUCCAAAAGUAGUGCACUGUAUUAGAGAAUCGGGGGGUGCCAUUUUGCAUACACCCGUGUAUUUUUAAAAUAGUUGGCAUGGUUAAAAAGGGUUGGCCCACCGGUUGUGUGAGUACAAGGCCAGAGAGCCCAGUGAACCUAUGCAGGUCCUACUGUUCUGAAUGACGUGUUGGAAGAAGGCAGACUAAGGUCAUUUUUCCAUAAUUCCCCUGUUUUCCAGAAAUCCUGGUUGGAAUAUUUUUGGAAAACCAGGGCAUUUUGGGAAAGUAACCGGAGUGAAUAACCACUGCAGCUGUUUGAUCAGCCUGUAGUCUGUAGUGUAGGGUACUAAAGCAGGGAGCGCCCCUCCACAGCAGUACCUGGAGUUCUGAAGACUAGACAGGUAAGACUUUCUAUCUGUCUUUUAUCCUCCUCCCGCUUUCUCGUCCUCUCCCUCCCUCUCCCUCCCUCUCUCUCUCUCUCUCUCUCUCCCUCUCUCUCUCCCUCUCCCUCUCCCUCUCUCUGUCUCUCUGUCUCUCUGUCUCUCUGUCUCUCUGUCUCUCUGUCUCUCUGUCUCUCUGUCUCUCUCUCUCUCUCUCUCUCUCUCUCUCUCUCUAAUUCUCUGUUCUCUAAUUCUCUGUUCUCUAUCUUUCUACCUGUCUUGUCUUACCUAUCUCUUUAUUAUGUUAAAGAAAAACGUUGUUUAGUGACGUCACAGAAUGGUCAAAUAUUGUUUUAUGCUGCUUAUUUUCUAACUCUAAUAGACUUGGAAGGUUAGGGUUAAGCAGUUCAAUAUGCCUAUCAUAUACAGUGUGUAGGUGGAACAUGAAGGUCCAAGCAUUUCAAAGAACAUUUACAAAUAAAAUCCUUUGUUUUAUUGAUAAGAUUUGACUUUGAGUAUUGCUUAGCCACACUAAACACCACACAUCUAGUGCCAGAAUCACCUAUUGCCUCAUCACCAGGGGACUGUUGAGUCAGGUAAUUACAGACAGGACAGGGGACUGUUGAGUCAGGUAAUUACAGACAGGACAGGGGACUGUUGAGUCAGGUAAUUACAGACAGGACAGGGGACUGUUGAGUCAGGUAAUUACAGACAGGACAGGGGACUGUUGAGUCAGGUAAUUACAGACAGGACAGGGGACUGUUGAGUCAGGUAAUUACAGACAGGACAGGGGACUGUUGAGUCAGGUAAUUACAGACAGGACAGGGGACUGUUGAGUCAGGUAAUUACAGACAGGACAGGGGACUGUUGAGUCAGGUAAUUACAGACAGGACAGGGGACUGUUGAGUCAGGUAAUUACAGACAGGACAGGGGACUGUUGAGUCAGGUAAUUACAGACAGGACAGGGGACUGUUGAGUCAGGUAAUACAGACAGGACAGGGGACUGUUGAGUCAGGUAAUUACAGACAGGACAGGGGACUGUUGAGUCAGGUAAUUACAGACAGGACAGGGGACUGUUGAGUCAGGUAAUUACAGACAGGACAGGGACUGUUGAUUCCCAGGGGACUGUUGAGUCAGGUAAUUACAGACAGGACAGGGGACUGUUUAGUCAGGUAAUUACAGACAGGACAGGGGACUGUUUAGUCAGGUAAUUACAGACAGGACAGGGGACUGUUGAGUCAGGUAAUUACAGACAGGACAGGGGACUGUUGAGUCAGGUAAUUACAGACAGGACAGGGGACUGUUGAGUCAGGUAAUUACAGACAGGACAGGGGACUGUUGAGUCAGGUAAUUACAGACAGGACAGGGGACUGUUGAGUCAGGUAAUUACAGACAGGACAGGGGACUGUUGAGUCAGGUAAUUACAGACAGGACAGGGGACUGUUGAGUCAGGUAAUUACAGACAGGACAGGGGACUGUUGAGUCAGAGGUAAGUCCAGACAGGACAGGGGACUGUUGAGUCAGGUAAGUCCAGACAGGACAGGGGACUGUUUAGUCAGGUAAUUACAGACAGGACAGGGGACUGUUGAGUCAGGUAAUUACAGACAGGACAGGGGACUGUUGAGUCAGGUAAUUACAGACAGGACAGGGGACUGUUGAGUCAGGUAAUUACAGACAGGACAGGGGACUGUUGAGUCAGGUAAUUACAGACAGGACAGGGGACUGUUGAGUCAGGUAAUUACAGACAGGACAGGGGACUGUUGAGUCAGGUAAUUACAGACAGGACAGGGGACUGUUGAGUCAGGUAAUUACAGACAGGACAGGGGACUGUUGAGUCAGGUAAUUACAGACAGGACAGGGGACUGUUGAGUCAGGUAAUUACAGACAGGACAGGGGACUGUUGAGUCAGAGGUAAGUCCAGACAGGACAGGGGACUGUUGAGUCAGGUAAUUACAGACAGGACAGGGGACUGUUUAGUCAGGUAAUUACAGACAGGACAGGGGACUGUUGAGUCAGGUAAUUACAGACAGGACAGGGGACUGUUUAGUCAGGUAAUUACAGACAGGACAGGGGACUGUUGAGUCAGGUAAUUACAGACAGGACAGGGGACUGUUGAGUCAGGUAAUUACAGACAGGACAGGGGACUGUUGAGUCAGGUAAUUACAGACAGGACAGGGGACUGUUGAGUCAGGUAAUUACAGACAGGACAGGGGACUGUUGAGUCAGAGGUAAGUCCAGACAGGACAGGGGACUGUUGAGUCAGGUAAUUACAGACAGGACAGGGGACUGUUGAGUCAGGUAAUUACAGACAGGACAGGGGGACUGUUUAGUCAGGUAAUUACAGACAGGACAGGGGACUGUUGAGUCAGAGGUAAGUCCAGACAGGACAGGGAACAUUCUAGAACAUCAGUUUUAUCCAAAGGGAAGUGAGAGGUGUAGUGAACUCUUGGCUAAAUCUCUUCCAGCUUUCUCUCUGUUCUUAUAUUUCCUCUCCUUCCUCUCUGACAGGACAGGAGACCCAUAGUUUAGUUUCUCUUAUACUGAUCCACUAUCCAGCACAACAUUAUCCAAUGGCAUUUGACCAGCUCAAAUCUAUUACCAUCAUAAUGGCUUUCAUAGUGAAGGGCACAUAGCCAUAGCCUUUUGUAGCAAGGUACCACAUUAGUGAGGUACCGUAUUAGCGAGGUACCGUAUUAGCAAGGUACCAUAUUAGCGAUGUACCGUAUUAGCGAUGUACCGUAUUAGCGAGGUACCGUAUUAGCGAGGUACCGUAUUAGCGAUGUACCGUAUUAGCGAUGUACCGUAUUAGCGAUGUACCGUAUUAGCGAGGUACCGUAUUAGCAAGGUACCGUAUUAGCAAGGUACCAUAUUAGUGAAGGACCAUAUCUCUAUGUAUGUAAGGGCUGUUGGCACUCUGUCUCCCUCUUUGUCUGGUGUGUGAGUUGUGUUAAUCACUCUGUUGGUCUGAGACGAUCUGAUGACGGACAUCAGAAGACUACCUCUGGGUAAGACCCGCUCUAUGAUUUCAUUCCUUUACCCAAACUGGAAUACCUAACUGCAUUGGCUCUCUCUCUCUCUAACACCAAUGUAAAAGAUCACAAUUUUGUAUCUAAACGCUAGUCUUUUUAAUGUGUUGUGAUAUAACUGGGUAAUGUGUACAGUAAAUUAAUCACUGGUCAUUUGUAAGGGAUCGUUUGGACAGAUAUAUUUCCACUUUAAUUUGUUUCUGUGAACUUGACCUGAUCUUCCUCACAGGAGUAGCUUGUAGGUUUGUAGGGGCAGAGACAGACGUGCUGAGUGAGUCCAUAGUUCAUCACCUGUAAGUCACAAACAAACAACCAAUUGGCUCCACAGAGGAUCCAUCUCUAUUUCCUGUUUCACUGAGAGAAAUGUCUAGAACCUUGAUCUGUAUUUUUGUGGUAUUAAUGCAUAAAACAACAACAAAGUUGUUUUGUUUCACUUAGAAAUAUUUUUAAGGCCGUUCAAAUAUUUUGAAGGCCGCUAGCGAAAUGAUUUAUGGUUACUAGAUAAAGUGAUUUCCAGCAUCUCCAGAUGGGGAAAUAUUUUGGCUGUGAGAAGUCACCGGCUUCAUUAAUAAGUGCAUCGACAAAGUCGUCCCCACAAUUACCGUACGUACAUACCCCAACCAGAAGCCAUGGAUUACAGGAAACAUCCGCACUGAGUUUAAGGCUAGAGCUGCCGCUUUCAAGUAGCGGGACACUAAUCCGGACGCUUAUAAGAAAUCCUGCUAAGACCUCCAGCAAGCCAUAAAACAGGCAAAGAGUACAAGUCCUGGUAAUCCGUCUGGCCCUGCAGCCUUGUCAAUGUUGACCUGUUUAAAGGUCUUAAUCACAUCGGCUACGGCGAGCGUGAUCACACAGGAACAGUCCGGAACAGCUGGUGCUCUCAUGCUUGCUUCAGUGUUGCUUGCCUCGAAGCGCGCAUAGGAGUCAUUUUAGCUUGUCUGGUAGGCUCACGUCACUGGGCAGCUCGCGGCUGGGCUUCCCUUUUGUAAUCCUAAAUAGUUUGCAAGCCCUGCCACAUCCGACGAGCGUCGGAGCCAGUGUAGUAGGAUAGUUUGCAAGCCCUGCCACAUCCGACGAGCGUCGGAGCCGGUGUAGUAGGAUAGUUUGCAAGCCCUGCCACAUCCGACGAGCGUCGGCGCCGGUGUAGUAGGAUAGUUUGCAAGCCCUGCCACAUCCGACGAGCGUCGGAGCCGGUGUAGUAGGAUAGUUUGCAAGCCCUGCCACAUCCUACGAGCGUCGGCGCCGGUGUAGUAGGAUAGUUUGCAAGCCCUGCCACAUCCGACGAGCGCCGGUGUAGUAGGAUAGUUUGCAAGCCCUGCCACAUCCGACGAGCGUCGGCGCCGGUGUAGUAGGAUAGUUUGCAAGCCCUGCCACAUCCGACGAGCGCCGGCGCCGGUGUAGUAGGAUAGUUUGCAAGCCCUGCCACAUCCGACGAGCGCCGGCGCCGGUGUAGUAGGAUAGUUUGCAAGCCCUGCCACAUCCGACGAGCGCCGGUGCCGGUGUAGUAGGAUUCCAUCCUAGUCCUCUAUUCAUGCUUUAGCUGUUUGAUGGUUCGUCUGAGUGCGUAGCCGGAUUUCUUAUAAGCGUUCGGGUUAGAGUCUUGUUCCUUAAAAGCGGCAGCUCUACCCUUUAGCUCAGUGCUGAUGUUGCCUGUAAUCCAUGGCUUCUGAUUGGUGUAUGUACGUACGGUCACUAUGGAGACAACUCCUCUACUUCCUGUAGAAACUGUGUUGUCUGGUGAAUACAGCAGCAGAGUGAUAACACAGGGUACUCAUCUACUUCCUGUAGAAACUGUGUUGUCUGGUGAAUACAGCAGCAGAGUGAUAACACAGGGUACUCAUCUACUUCCUGUAGAAACUGUGUUGUCUGGUGAAUACAGCAGCAGAGUGAUAACACAGGGUACUCAUCUACUUCCUGUAGAAACUGGAGGAGGAGAAGGGAAAGAAAGAGCAGGAACGGCAGGAGAUCGACAAGGACAGGAGGGAGAGGGACAAGGAGAGGGAGAGAGAGAGGGAGCGCCGGGACCGCGAGAGGGAGAAGGAGAGAGAGAAGGAGCUGGAAAGAAACGACAACAACAAGGAGAGAGAGCGGGACAGAGACCGGAUCGAUCGGGACCGGGACCGUGACCGGACGAGGGAGAGGGGAGAGAGAGGAGAGAGGGAGCGUGUGAAGGAGAGGAGUCGAGAAAUCAGCAAAGACCGCAGUAGAUCCAGGUUGGUAUGAGGUUAACACUGAAACAGCCUGAACCCAGAUCCAGGUUGGUAUGAGGUUAACUCUGAAACAGCCUGAACCCAGAUCUAGGUUGGUAUGAGGUUAUCACUGAAACAGCCUGAACCCAGAUCCAGGUUGGUAUGAGGUUAACACUGAAACAGCCUGAACCCAGAUACAGGUUGGUAUGAGGUUAACACUGAAACAGCUUGAUCCCAGAUCCAGGUUGGUAUGAGGUUAACACUGAAACAGCCUGAUCCAGGUUGGUAUGAGGUUAACACUGAAACAGCCUGAACCCAGAUCCAGGUUGGUAUGAGGUUAACACUGAAACAGCCUGAACCCAGAUCCAGGUUGGUAUGAGGUUAACACUGAAACAGCCUGAACCCAGAUCCAGGUUGGUAUGAGGUUAACACUGAAACAGCCUGAACCCAGAUCCAGGUUGGUAUUGAGUUUGAGUUUGAGUUUGAGUUUAUUUUUACAGGGACAGUGCACAUUAAUCAACGUUUCAGUAAAAGUGCCGGUUUUAGCCAGCCGGCUAAUUUUCAACCGCAGUCCCUGGGCAGGUUAUUAAAAACAAUUACAAUAUAGACAAUAACAACAUAGAACAAGACGUAGCAUACAGACAUAGCAACAUAGGACAAGCAAGACGUAGCAUACAGACAGAGCAACAUAGAACAAAAAGCAGCAAGACAAAAUUCAUAAAAGCAACAAAGUGUUUCCACACCUCACAAGUUACAGACAACAGACAUGGAAAGCGGCAACACACAGCUAGGGACCAUGUUCACAAAUCUGAUUGACCUUUAGCCAUGUCUUCAAGCAUUUUGUGAAAUUGUGAUAUGUGGUGCAGUUAUGUGUGUCUGAUGGCAGUGUAUUCCAGACAUGGGAAGCUCUCACAGAAAAAGCAGAUUUACCAAAGGUGCUUUUCCUUAGGGGAACUACACAGUCACCUCUCAUGGCAGACCUUGUGGAUCUGCUGCCAUAUGUUUGGGUUUUCUGUUUAACAAAAAUACUGAGUGGAGGGGGAGCCAAACCAUUUAGGAUCUUGAAUACAAGACAUGCAUCGGUGUAUUGCACAAGAUUUUCCCAACUCAGGAGCUCAUGCUUUCUAAGGAUGUGACAGUGAUGAUGGCUAUUGGGCUUCCUAUCAAGCACUUUGAGAGCCUGUUUGUAGACAGACUGAAUAGGUCUUACUGUUGUACAGCAAGCUUGGGCCCAACUAGUCAAGCAGUAUGUUAAGUGGGGGAUUAUCAUAGAUUUGAAGUACAGUUUUGCUACCUCUGUAGUCAAACAAUUUCGUAUAAAUCGGAAAUUAGCUAGGUUGAAUUUGGUUAUUUGAAUUACCUUUUUCACAUGCUUUUUAAAAGAGAGGUUGGAAUCAAGUAUGAUGCCAAGGUACUUAAAAUCAGAUACCCCCUGGAGCUUCUCCCCUGACACAUAGACUUCUGGCUCAGUAGCAUCUGUUGCCCCCUUUGUGAAGAACAUGCAAACAGUUUUUUUCACAUUGAGAUGCAAACACGAGUCACUGAGCCACUUUGUAACCUGGACCAUUACAGUAGUGAGUUCUUGUGCAGCUUGUUGUUUGCUCUUUGCAUGCACAUAUAUCACUGUAUCAUCUGCAUACAUUUGAACUUCAGACCCAGUACAGACAGAAGGCAGAUCAUUAAUGUACAGGCUGAACAGGAGGGGCCCCAGUAUUGACCCUUGGGGCACACCCACAUCAUAGCUAAGAGUGGGCGACAGCUCAUUGCUCACUCUGACACACUGAGUUCUGCCUUCAAGGUAUGAUUUCAUCCAUCUCAAGGCAUCGGGGGAAAAGUUGAACUUGGACAAUUUUGUGAUGAGAAUCUCAUGGUUAACAGUAUCAAAAGCCUUCCUUAGGUCCAGAAACACAGCCCCAACAACGCCCCCUUUGUCCAUCUUGGACUUCACAUUUUCCAGAAAAAAGCAGUUGGCCAUUUCUGUGGAGUGUUUCGCUCUGAAGCCAAACUGCAUGGAAUGUAAUGUGAAGGGGCUGUUGUUGAGGUGGGCAAUCAGUUGUUCUGCUACACACUUUUCAACAACCUUUGACACCACAGGUAGUAUACUAAUGGGCCUGUAGUUACUCACGUCAGCAGUAUGAGGUUUCAGUGUAUGAGGUUAACACUGAAACAGCCUGAACCCAGAUCUAGGUUGGUAUGAGGUUAACACUGAAACAACCUGAUCCCAGAUCCAGGUUGGUAUGAGGUUAACACUGAAACAGCCUGAACCCAGGUACAGGUUGGUAUGAGGUUAACACUGAAACAGCCUGAUCCAGGUUGGUAUGAGGUUAACACUGAAACAGCCUGAACCCAGAUCCAGGUUGGUAUGAGGUUAACACUGAAACAGCCUGAUCCAGGUUGGUAUGAGGUUAACACUGAAACAGCCUGAACCCAGAUCCAGGUUGGUAUGAGGUUAACACUGAAACAGCCUGAUCCAGGUUGGUAUGAGGUUAACACUGAAACAGCCUGAACCCAGAUCCAGGUUGGUAUGAGGUUAACACUGAAACAGCCUGAACCCAGAUCCAGGUUGGUAUGAGGUUAACACUGAAACAGCCUGAACCCAGAUCCAGGUUGGUAUGAGGUUAACACUGAAACAGCCUGAACCCAGAUCCAGGUUGGUAUGAGGUUAACACUGAAACAGCCUGAACCCAGAUCCAGGUUGGUAUGAGGUUAACACUGAAACAGCCUGAACCCAGAUCCAGGUUGGUAUGAGGUUAACACUGAAACAGCCUGAACCCAGAUCCAGGUUGGUAUGAGGUUAACACUGAAACAGCCUGAACCCAGAUCCAGGUUGGUAUGAGGUUAACACUGAAACAGCCUGAACCCAGAUCCAGGUUGGUAUGAGGUUAACACUGAAACAGCCUGAACCCAGAUCCAGGUUGGUAUGAGGUUAACACUGAAACAGCCUGAACCCAGAUCCAGGUUGGUAUGAGGUUAACACUGAAACAGCCUGAACCCAGAUCCAGGUUGGUAUGAGGUUAACGCUAUAUGACCUUCCUCUCUGUUAUUCAGACAUCUGGGCCUGUAUUCAUAAAUAAUCUCAGAGUAGUCAGAGGAGUGCUGAUCUAGGAUUGGUGUUGCCUUUUUAGAUCAUAAUGAAUAAGAUUACACAGACGGGGCAACUGAUCCCAGAUCUGCACCCCUGCUCUGAAACGCUGGUCAGCUGUAGAAGUGGUGAGUGUUUGAAGUCACAUCUCUGUGUGUCUCUUCCUGUAGAGAACGGAGCCGCGAUGAAAAGAAGCACGACCGUGAGGAGGACCAGGAGGAGGCGUACGAACGCAGGAAACAGCAGAGGAAGAUGAGAGACAAGGAGACUGCCUACCAGGAAGUGAGUUAGACACGUAGUCCCACGUUGACGAGGCUUGGGCCGAAUUUAUACCCUACGGAAGUACGCAACGCAAUAACUACAUUUAGCUACGGACAACAUGGUAAUCCUGUGUGGAUCGUAUGUAUGUAGGAUUGCCAUUUUGCCUAGCUAAUUGUUUUUUUUGCGAUAGGUACUUUGUGUACGGUGUAAAUUAGGCUUUACCACUGCAAUAUAGUGGCAUAGCAUGGAACUGCAUGGAACACAGCCAGUCGUGGAACACAGCCAGUCUGACAACUCUUUCUGAUGUGCCGUUCCCUCAGGCCUAAGGCACUUAGGGUGCGUCCCAAAUUGCACCCUAUUCCCUGUAUAGCGCACUGCUUUUGACCAGAGCCCCAAUGGCCCUGGUGCCCUGUAUAGGCAAUAUAACAUCUGUCUAUAUGCAUGCACAUUAUGAACGGAUGCUGAUUGGCUGAAACAGGAUUCUAGCUGUGUGUUCAUAUCAGGCCUGUUUUUGAUUCAGGGUUGUUGUUGCUGUUUCUUUCAGCGUCUGAAGAACUGGGAGAUCAGAGAGAGGAAGAAGGCUCGGGACUACGACAAAGAGAACCAGCGUGAGGAGGAGAAACGCCGUGAGAUGGUAAUAGACAUCAACGUUUUUUAAAGCAAAAAUCAAUAAAUGGAUUUGUAUUUCUUUAUUGUUGGACACAAAAGACUGAAAACACCAGCAAAUCAUCUCCAAUUGAUUUUGUUGGAAAUCUGUUCCAAAGUAUUCGCACGCAUAAUAUAGAUAUAUGUGAUCGUAUAGGAGUAGAGAGUAUUCUAGGGAGGGAGGAGUAGAGAGGAUUCUAGGGAGGGAGGAGUAGAGAGUAUUCUAGGGAGGGAGGAGUAGAGAGUAUUCUAGGGAGGGAGGAGUAGAGAGUAUUCUAGGGAGGGGGGAGUAGAGAGUAUUCUAGGGAGGGGGGAGUGGAGAGUAUUCUAGGGAGGGAGGAGUGGAGAGUAUUCUAGGGAGGGAGGAGUGGAGAGUAUUCUAGGGAGGGGGGAGUAGAGAGUAUUCUAGGGGAGGGAGUAGUAGAGAGUAUUCUAGGUAGGGAGGAGUAGAGAGUAUUCUAGGGAGGGAGGAGUGGAGAGUAUUCUAGGAGGGAGGAGUAGAGAGUAUUCUAGGGGGGAGGAGUAGAGAGUAUUCUAGGGAUGGUGGGUGAGUAGAGAGUAUUCUAGGGAGGGGAGGAGUAGAGAGUAUUCUAGGGAGGGAGGAGUAGAGAGUAUUCUAGGGAGGGGGGAGGAGAGAGUAUUCUAGGGAGGGGGGAGGAGAGAGUAUUCUAGGGAGGGGGGAGUAGGGAGUAUUCUAGGGAGGGAGGAGUAGAGAGUAUUCUAGGGAGGGAGGAGUAGAUAGUAUUCUAGGGAGGGAGGAGUAGAGAGUAUUAUAGGGAGGGGGGGGAGGAGAGAGUAUUCUAGGGAUGGGAGGAGUAGAAGAUAUUCUAGGGAGGGGUGGAGUAGAGAGUAUUCUAGGAGGGAGGAGUAGAGAGUAUUCUAGGGAGGGAGGAAGUAGAGAGUAUUCUAGGGAGGGAGGAGUAGAGAGUAUUCUAGGGAGGGAGGAAAGUAGAGAGAGUAUUCUAGGGAGGAGGAGUAGAGAGUAUUCUAGGGAGGGAUGAGUAGAGAGUAUUCUAGGGAGGGAGGAGUAGAGAGUAUUCUAGGGAGGGAGGAGUAGAGAGUAUUCUAGGGAGGGAGGGAGUAGAGAGUAUUCUAGGGAGGGAGGAGUAGAGAGUAUUCUAGGGAGGGAGGAGUAGAGAGUAUUCUAGGGAGGGAGGAGUAGAGAGGUAUUCUAGGGAGGGAUGAGUAGAGAGUAUUCUAGGGAGGGAGGAGUAGAGUAUUCUAGGGAUGGGAGGAGUGAGAGUAUUCUAGGGAGGGAGGAGUAGAGAGUAUUCUAGUGGAGGGAGGAGUAGAGAGUAUUCUAGGGAGGGGAGGAGUUAGGGAGUAUUCUAAGGGAGGGAGGGUAGUGAGAGUAUUCUAGGGAGGGGGGAGUAGAGAGUAUUCUAGGGAGGGAGGAGUAGAGAGUAUUCUAGGGAGGGAGGAGUAGAGAGUAUUCUAGGGAGGGAGGAGUUAGGGAGUAUUCUAGGGAGGGAGGAGUUAGGGAGUAUUCUAGGAGGGAGGAGUGGAGAGUAUUCUAGGGAGGGAGGAGUAGAGGUAUUCUAGGGAGGGAGGAGUAGAGAGUAUUCUAGGGAGGGAGUAGAGGAAUAUUCUAGGGAGGGGGAGGGAGAGUAUUCUAGGGAGGGGGAGAUAGAGAAUAUUCUAGGGAGGGGGAAGUAGAGAGUAUUCUAGGGAGGGAGGGAGUAGAGAGUAUUCUAGGGAAGGGGAGUAGAGAGUUUUUCUAGGGAGGGAGGGAGUAGAGAGUAUUCUAGGGAGGGAGGAAGUGAGAGUAUUCUAGGGAGGGAGGUAUAGAGAUAUUCUAGGGGGGAGGAAUGAGAGUAUUCUAGGGAGGGAGGAGUAGAGAGUAUUCUAGGGAGGGAGGAGUGAGAGUAUUUCUAGGGAGGGAGGAAAGUAGAGUAGAGAGUCUUCUAGGGAGGGAGGAAGGAGGCAAGUAGAGAGUAGAGAGUAGAGGAGUAUUCUAGGGAGGGAGGAGUAGAAGGUAUUUAGGAGGAAGGGAGUAGAGGAUGCUAGGGAGGGCAGGAGUAGAGUAGAGAGUAUUCUAGGGAGGGAGGGUAGAGAGUAAUUAUAGGGAGGGAGGAGAGUAGAGAGAUUCUAGGGAGGGAGGAGUAGAAGAGUAUAUUCUAGGGAGGGAGGAGUGGAGAGUAUUCUAGGGAGGGGAGAGUAUUAUAGGGAGGCAGGAGUAGAGAGUAUUCUAGGGAGGGAGGUUGUUAGCGAUAGUUUCUAGGGAGGGAGGAGUAGAGAGUAUUUAGGAGAGGAGUGGAGGACUCUGGAUACAUGGAGGAAUGUUAUCUCUCGUGGACAGAUGCACGUAAAAUAACUGGUAUUGUAGCGUCUGUCAACCGACUGGGAUUAGACAACUAUGGAGUAUCUUUUCUAACACGUUUCACCCCAGAACUGAAUCGAGCAUCUGACUCAAUUACUAGAGAGUUGAGUUGUGUGUUUCUGAGAUCAGGAGUAAUGUAAUCCUGUGUUGUUCCUCCUCCUCCAGACUAAAGAAGGCAAGCGUCUGAAAGAGUUCCUGGAGGACUAUGACGACGACCGCGACGAUCUGAAAUACUACAGGUGACCUUAACCCCUGACCUUAACCCCUGACCUUAACCCCUGACCUUAACCCCUGACCUAACCCCUGACCUUAACAUUUUCCUUGUUUUACUAUCCUGGUAAGGACUUUAAGGGAUUUCCAGUACCCACCAGCAUAGUAAUACAAGCCUGCGCAUGCACACACGCGCACACGCACACACACGCACACACACACAUAUACAGUGAGCUCCAUAAUUCAUUGGACAGUGACAUUUUUUUUGUUAUUUUGGUUCUGUACUCUAGCACUUUGAGUUUGAAAGGAUACAAUGACAAUGAGGGUGAAGUGCAGACUGUCAGCUUUAAUUUGAGGGUAUUUUCAUACAUAUCGGAUGAACCGUUUAGAAAUGACAGCACCUUUUGUACAUGGUCCCCCCAUUUUAAGGUACUACAAGUAUUUGUUAAAUUGGCUUCACAGAUGUGUGUCGUUAGGCAGGUGUAUUCAUUUGUGUCGUUAGUGAAUGCAGGAGAGCUGUUGAUGAAUAGCAUUGAUUCUAGACUUUGCUAUUGCCUUUGGAGGUUGUUGUUGGGGUGUGACAACAUGAGGAAGACAGCCGGGUCGAUGCAAAUGAAGCUGGCCGUCAUAAGGCUCAGAAAUGAAAAUCAAUCAAUCAGGAACAUUGCAAAAACCCUGGCCAUGCCCAAGUCAACAGUUUGGUUCAUCAUUAACAAGAAAAAACAACCGGUGAACUCAAUUAUGUCAAAAGACCCGGUAGACCGAGGAAGACCACUGUAGUGGAUGACCGGAGGAGAAUACUCUCUAUGGUGAAGAAAACCCCCCUGACAACAGCCCAACAGAUCAAAAACACUCUCCUGGAUGCAGGUGUAGAUGUGUCAAAGUCUACCAUACGUAGAAGACUACACCAGCAGGACUACAGAGGGUACACUACAAGAUGCAAACCACUGAUAAGCCUGAAGAACAGAAAGGCGAGAUUACAGUUUGCCUAAAAAGCACCUAAAAGAGCCCCAAGAGUUCUGGAAAAAAGUAUUGUGGACAGAUGAGACAAAGAUUAACAUGUACCAGAGUGAUGGAAAGAGGAAAGUGUGGAGAAAAAAAAGAAAUGCCCAUGAUCCAAAGCAUACCACCUCAUCCGUGAAACAUGGUGGAGGGGGUGUUAUGGCUUGGGCCUGUAUGGCUGCCAGUGGAAUAGGCUCACUUGUCUUCAUCGAUGAUGUGACUGCAGACAGAAGUAGAACAAUGAAUUCUGAAGUCUAUAGAAAUAUUUUAUCUGCUCAGAUAAAACCAAAUGCCUCCAAACUCAUUGGACGGCACUUCAUCAUGCAACAAGACAAUGACCCUAAACAUACUGCUAGAGCAACAAAGGGGUUUUUGAUGGCCAAAAAGUGGAAAAUCCUUGACUGGCCGAGUCAAUCACCGGAUCUGAAUCCAAUUGAACAUGCAUUUUACAUGCUGAAGAGGAGACUUAAGGCAAUAAGUCCCCAAAAUAAGCAGGAACUGAAGAUGGCUGCAGUACAGGCCUGGCAGAGCAUCACCAGGGAAGAUACCCAGCGUCUGGUGAUGUCAAUGCAUCACAGACUUCAAGCAGUCAUUGCAUGCAAAGGAUAUGCGACCAAAUAUUAACAAUGAUUACUUUAUUCUACAUUAUGUUAAACUGUCCAAUGAUUUUUGAUGCCCGAAAAUGGGGGGGACCAUGUACAAAAGCUUCUAUAAUUCGUAAACGGUUCAUCCGAUAUGUAUGAAAAUACCCUCAAAUUAAAGCUGACAGUCUGCACUUCACCCUCAUUGUCAUUGUAUCCUUUCAAACUCAAAGUGCUAGAGUACAGAACCAAAAUAACAAAAAAAUUGUCACUGUCCAAUGAAUUAUGGAGCUCACUGUAUAUAUAUAUAUAUAUAUACACAUACACACAUAUACACACGCACACACACGCGCACACACACGCACACACACAUAUAUAUAUAUAUACACACACACACACACACACACACACACACACACACACACACACACACACACACAAACCUUGUUGAACUAUUUAGUGGGAUACUUCAGGAUUGUGGCCGUUUAUCUACUUCCCCAGUGUCAGAUGAACUGGUGGACACCAUUUUUAUGUCUCUGCAUCCAGCAUGAAGGAAGUUGGAGUUAGUUUCACGAGCCAAAUGCCUACCAGCGUUGGCGCAAUGACUGGAAGUCUAUGGUAUAUACUAGCAUGCUAGCAGUUACCAUAGACCUUCAGUCAUUGCGCUAACGCUAGUUAGCAACUACCUUCAAACUGCAGGCAGAGACAUAAAAAUGGUGUCCACGAGUUCAUCUGACCCUGGGGAAGUAGGGCCAAAAUCAACGCCAAAAUCCUGAAAUAUCCCUUUAAGCUGUAUGACUGACUGGUCUGUCUCUCUCUCUCCAGGGGUAGUGCUUUACAGAAGCGCCUGAGAGACCGUGAGAAGGAGACAGAUCUGGAUGAGAGAGACAGGAAGAGGGAGAAGGAGGAGCACGAUCAGAUCAGACAGAGACUGUUAGCUGAGGGACACCCAGACCCUGAGGCCGAGCUGCAGAGGGUAUGUCUGGCUGUCUGGCUGGCUGUGGCUGGCUGGCUGGCUGGCUGGCUGGCUGUGGCUGGCUGGCUGGCUGUCUGGCUGGCUGUGGCUGGCUGGCUGGCUGUCUGUGGCUGGCUGGCUGUCUGUGGCUGGCUGGCUGGCUGUGGCUGGCUGGCUGGCUGUGUCUGGCUGGCUGGCUGUGGCUGGCUGGCUGGCUGUCUGUCUGGCUGUAUUGCUGUCUGUCAACUCUGUGUUGUUAUUGGACAAGUUCAGGUUGUACCUCUCAGUUUCCAACCAUUUCCUCCCUAUUAAACACAACCCUGCUGUCUUUCCAACCAUUUCCUCCCUAUUAAACACAACCCUGCUGUCUUUCCAACCAUUUCCUCCCUAUUAAACACAACCCUGCUGUCUUUCCAACCAUUUCCUCCCUAUUAAACACAACCCUGCUGUCUUUGUCAGCUGGCUAACUGGCACAUUAACAGAAAUUAGAAAUGUUGAUCAAUGUGCAUUGUACCUGUCAAAUAGGGACAAUGCACAUGAAUCAUCAAUGCACAUGAAUCAACAAUACACAUGAAUCAACACAUUCAUCUUUUUUUCUCUUUUAAGUGUGUUGAGACUUUGUAUAAAUGCACUUUAAAUACAUUUGAUUUGAUUUGA